AUGACUCAUCUUAGACGCACGAAUCAAAACAGUUGGGAAAAUGCAACAUGUUCAUUAUUACAUUAUAUUCCGGCGCUACCACGAAACAUAGCCAAAUUAACAUUGAAAAAUAACACUCUAACGCUGAUCAAUCAGAGUGUUUUUAGUAAUAUUUCUUCAAUCAAACUCAAAACACUAUGUUUUGAGAACAAUUCAAUUGAAACAAUUGAAGAUGAUGCAUUUUCCGAUUUCAAAGUUUUAACCGAACUAAAUAUAACGGAUGAGAAGUUAUUGAAUGUAACAUCAUUAAAAUAUUCAUUCAAGAGUUUGCCUUUUACCACGAUUAAAAAGUUGUGUUUAGAAAAAAACGACUGGAAUGAACUUCCGCAGGACAUGUUUAAUUUUUUAUCAAAAGCUAAUAUCUUUAUGUCGCUUAAAAACAAUUUAUUGACAGAACUAAAGUCAAGUGUUUUUCUACCAAUAAGGAACCUACAGACACUACGUAUUGAAGAAAAUGAAAUUGUAUUUGUCGAUCUAAAUGGUCUUAGCACAACUGAAUUACUGGAUUUAUCAAAUAAUAACAUUUAUUCAAUACCGAUUUUUUGUAAAAACACCAAUAAAACGUUUGUCCCGCAGUUGAAAUACUUGUCACUUGCGUACAAUAGUAUUCGAAAAUUUUCCAAAGAAUCCUUUAGAUGCUUAGGCAAUUUAAAAAAUCUUAAUCUUGAUGGAAACCGUAUUCGAAGCCUGGGUGAUAAUGUCUUCGGGUUAUUAUAUGAUCUGAAAAGACUUUCAAUUGGAGAUAACCAGCACCUGAGACACAUAGACUCAUUUGCAUUUAGUAGUUCAUCACUAGAGGUUCUACGUUUGCAUCGAAAUCAUUUCAGAUUCAUUGAAAGAAAAUUCAAGAAAGGAGUUUCUAAUGCGUCUAUCAUUUUUAGAACUAUUCCUAAUUUGAAAGAAUUGGAUUUAUCUAAAAACCAUUUGACGGAUUUUGUGAUACUGAGAAAACUUUUUUCAUCCACACGAAAUAUACGCAAACUUAAUCUGGCAUCGACAGGUAUAAAAACAAUCCCAGACGGUUUUUUUCAAAAAAUGCCACACAUUGAAUGGUUGACAUUGCAUGGAAAUGAACUGGAACUGUUGAAGCAAUCAAUUUUCGAAAAUGUGUCUUCCAUGCGUGAGUUGUAUCUUGACGGAAACAAUAUUCAUGUUAUAAACGAAAAGUCGUUCCCAUCAUACUUACUGAAAUCUUUAGACGUACUAGAAUUAUCCGGUAAUCAAUUUCAAUGCACAUGUGAGAUAAAAUGGUUUUUAGACACAAUUAGAUCAACCAAUUUAUCAAUAAAAUUGAAGAAAAAUUGGCCGAAGUAUUACAUUUGCCACUAUCCAGAUAACCUAAAAAAAUCACUUCUUGCAGAUUAUUUUCCAACGACAGCAGAAUGUAAUCCUUUGAACAUUUUGUCUAUGAUAAUAAUAACUGCAUGUUCGUCUGUUUUAAUUUUGCUUGUCUGUGUCAUAUUGACCUUCAACUGUCAAAUAAACAUUAAAAACGCUGUAUACCUAUUUCGUUUAAAGCAACGUAUAAAAAAUGGGUACUUUAGUCUUGAAUCGUCAGAUGAUUUUGAGUUUGACGCGUUCGUUGUUUAUUGCGAUGCCGAUCGCCUAUGGGUCCAUGGGGUUCUGCUUAAACAUCUAGAAAAUUCUAACCUUAAUAUUUGUGUUCAUCAUAGGGAUUUUGAUGUCGGAGACACAAUCAUGAACAAUAUUGGAAAAUAUAUGGCGAAGAGUUGGAAGAUCAUCGUUGUUUUGUCAAAUAACUUUGCUAAAAGCGAAUGGUGUCAAUGGGAGAUUGAUCUUGUACAAGAGCGGAGGCGUCGACAGGGAAAAGAAGUUUUGAUAUUAUUAAUGUACCAACAGAUUGAUUCAAAACACAUGACUACCCCGCUUAGGACAUUACUCGAAACAACACCUUAUUUGUCUUAUAAGGAAGGGUUUGGAGAGUAUUUGUUCUGGACUGCUGUUAUGAAAGACACAAACAAACCUUUGAAUAUUCCACCAACUUCUAUUUUCUAAAAAAAAACCAGAGGCUCACGAGAACCUGAUAUCGCUUACCUGUAAUUUCAGUUUCGGGCAUUUGACAUAUUUGCUGAACAUUUUUUCCAUUUACAUUUUCACUCUAUCUAUUAUAUAUAUUAAAGAUAAUAACCAAACACAGUAAAAUGUCAUAAAAAUAAACUAUAUCGGACAGUAACCCUACAAUGGGUGGUCCAAUUGGUCUGAAAAUUUAAUAACAGAUAGAUUUUGACUUUUUUGUCACUUUAACUCAUUUCACUUUUGCUCUAACUGCUAUAGUUUUUGAGAUAAAAGCCAAAAACUGCAUUUGACCCCUAUGUUCUAUUUUUAGCCAUAGCGGCCAUAUUUGUUAAUGGAUAAAAAUUUCGAAUACAAUUUAUAAACCUGUUACCCUAAGGAACAUUCAGUUAAAGUUUAGAAGUAUUAAGCCCAGUAGUUUCAGAGAAAUUAUAUUCAAGAUAAUAACCAGAAACAGCAAAAUAUCCUUAGAAUUACGUAUUUAGUGGGAGCAACCCAACAAUGGGUUGUUCGGUUCGUCUGAAAAUUUCAGAGCUGAUAGAUGAAUCUUUUUAUCCCAUGUCAGAUUUGCUCUAAAUGCUUUAGUUUUUGAGAUAUAAACCAAAAACUGCAUUUGACCCCUAUGUUCUAUUUUUAGCCAUGGCGGUCAUGUUUGUUGAUGGAUCAAACCUUCAGAUACAAUUUAUAAACCAGAUACCAUAAGAAACAUUCAGUUAAAGUUUGAAGGUAUUCUUAUCUAGGCCUAAACAACCAAAUUAAGCUAAAUGAGCAUUUAAUCAAAAACUUUCUAAAAUAGUUGAGAACCAAAAAAGACAGACAUGAAAACUAUAAAAGAGAGACCAGCAAGUCAUAAAAGAGAGACUAUCAAGCGUGUGAUUUUUCAAAUAUAAAUGAUUGUUUUGUAAAUCAACACACAAUUCUUCAAACUUAAAGGCUAACGCAUAUAGAAAAUAAGAUAUAACUGAAGAAUACUUUGUAAUGAACAGUAUCAACAACACUUAAACUUGUAACUAUACAUUGUCUGCAUGUCUGCCGAUUUGGAAACAUUUUCACGUUUCAGUCAAACAAGCUUGCUUUGAAAUCAUAAAAUUCAAGGACAAAUAUGUAACGUCUCCCGUUCGGUUUUGUCCUCAAUCUAUAUUUAUUUAACAUUAUUUAUGUAAAAUAUGUACAUGAUGUAUUAUCCCUAGUUUCCAGAUCAUGGGUCAAAUACAUAACAAGAUGAUUAAUUAUGUUUCAAUUACAUACUAGUUUUUUUUUCAAUUAAAUUGCAAUUACAAUUUCAUUUCAUUUCAAAAUGUUUUUUUUUUACAUGCAUUGUUUAAUAUAAACAAAUUUGCUCCAGCAUUGCUUUAAAUUUUAAAAUUUCAUAUUUUGUUGUGGCAUAUUAUACAAAUAUAUACAAAUUUCAAAGACAUCUGCUAUUUGGCAUUUCAAGACCAUUGAUCAAUUAUGUUCUAUCAAUUGUUGGUGUCUUCGUCAGAUUUACUAUCAAGUACAAUAAUUGGGUGGGUUUUUUUUUUUUGGCGUCUUUUUCAAAUAUAUUUGUAUAUUUGUUGGAUUUUAUGGUCAGAUGUGUUGUAUAUCUGUGAUGUAGUUUAAACAGUUUUGGCUUCUUGGUCUCAAUUAUUGCCACAUUUACUAAUAAUGUCUGUUUGGGUUGCUUACCCAUUGUUGUCAAUAUAACGGAACAACAAACAACUGUCAUACAAGUAGGAGGUUUUACAUACUUUAAAACCAAGGGCAUAAUUAAUGAAAUGAAACAAGAACAGUUUACAUGUGUGAGUACAUCAGAGAAACAAUGAACGUUUUAAACUAUCAAUCAAAUAAUUCAAUUUGAAAGAAGCUUAAUUACACAUCAAUUUAGAUUAUUUUGGAAUUUGUAAUUGAAUUCCAGGUCUGCUUAUUUCAUAAAAU